AUGUCGUUAGCAAACCAAGUAGAGACCAACUUGGUGCAUCAUAACCUUUGGAGCGAUGUGAAAAGACACGAAAUAGCGAACUACAAUGAUACUAAGAUAACAAUACUACGAGGAAAACCACCUGCAAAACUAGAGACAGGUGAUGAAGAUGGCAGCACCGAAUGGGUAGUGCCAAAGCUGAUGACUUCAAAAAAUGAUAUGAAUAUUACGGAAAUAGACAAUUGGUUUGUCCAAAUAUCACAACUUUCAGAUCCUAAAAUACGACCACUGAGAAUUACAAUUGGAUUAGUGAACGAUGAUGCUACAGUAGUGUAUUAUUUUAUACACGACGGUAUUGUGAAGCCUCGUCAAAAUUAA